CAGGUCUCCAAAACACUUGAGGAAUUUGAUGUAGAAGAACAACCAAGUUCUCUAUUAGAAAAACGAUAUCCCAAUAUUAAAGUUAUACAGUCUGGAGUAAAACAAUUGAAAAGUGAUGAACAUAAAAUUUUCACUGAAGAUGGGAAAGAAUAUAUGUAUGAAAAACUUUGCCUGUGUGCUGGAGCAAAACCAAAAUUAAUUUUUCAAGGAAACCCAUAUGUGUUAGGAAUCCGGGAUACUGACAGUGCACAGGCUUUUCAGAAGAAUUUGGCUCAAUCUGAGAGAAUAGUAGUGGUAGGAAAUGGUGGGAUUGCACUUGAAUUAGUGUAUGAAAUUCAAGGCUGCGAAGUAAUCUGGGCUAUCAAAGACAAAGCCAUUGGGAACACUUUUUUUGAUGCAGGAGCAGCUGAAUUUCUCAUUCCAAAGCUAACUGCUGAAAAACGAGAGACUCCAAUUGAAUGUAAAAGAACCAAGUAUACGAUGGAAGGAAAUGAGGAAAAGGAAAGACCUAUAGCAGCAUCUGACAAGCUGGGUAGUGCCUUAGGCCCUGAUUGGCAUGAGGGCUUAUGUCUUAAAGGGACUAAAGAGUUUUCUCAUAAAGUACAUAUUGAAAUACUAUGUGAAGUAAAGAAAAUACACUUACAGCAAGAAUUUAUACAACUGCAACGGACUUCUUUGACUUUUCCUAAGGAAGAGAAAAAUGUAGAACCAGAUAAGGUGCUAUGGCCUGUAUAUGUGGAAUUAACUAAUGGAAAAAUUUAUGGAUGCGAUUUCAUUGUCAGUGCAACUGGAGUUGUGCCAAAUGUUAAACCAUUUCUUGAUGGCAAUAAUUUUGCUGUAGGUGAAGAUGGAGGUCUUAAAGUAGAUAAACACAUGCACACAUCCCUGCCAGAUAUAUAUGCAGCUGGAGAUAUCUGCACAGCAUCAUGGGAACCUAGUCCAGUGUGGCAUCAGAUGAGACUGUGGACUCAAGCUAGGCAGAUGGGAUGGUAUGCAGCAAAAUGCAUGGUAGCAGAUACUGUAGGGGAAUCUAUUGAUAUGGAUUUCAGCUUUGAACUAUUUGCUCAUGUUACAAAGUUUUUCAAUUACAAGGUGGUGGUUUUGGGAAAAUACAAUGCUCAAGGUUUGGGUUUAGACCAUGAACUGAUGCUGAGAUGUACCAAGGGACAAGAGUAUGUUAAAGUAGUGAUGCAGAAUGGCCGAAUGAUGGGAGCUGUGCUGAUUGGUGAAACGGACUUGGAAGAAACCUUUGAAAACUUAAUUUUAAAUCAAAUGGAUCUCUCAGCCUAUGGUGAAGAUCUCCUGAAUCCAGAUAUUGAUAUAGAAGAUUAUUUUGAUUGAACAAAACUCCAUUUCCAUUUUGUAUGAAGUUUUGACACCAAGUAAUAUGUCUCAUAAAACUGUCCUCAGGAUUAUGAGAAACGAGGGACAAAUGCGACUCCUUAUUAAGAUUUUUGUGUUGAUCUUGUCAAAAUACCAGCAAAUUAAAUGAAUCUGUGUAGAAAUGCAGCAACAAAAGCAAGCGGAUUAGUGUUGGCAAAGAGCUUUCAUCUAGAUUAGAUAACAGCCCUGUUCUCUUAUGCUUAACAGUCUUAAGAAGUGGGCUUCACUCUGCUGUUCAGAUAGUACCGCUUUCAGUUGAAUGUGAGGCAGCCUUCACUUUUUAAAAGUAAAUAAA